AUCAAUUUUGUGUGUGUACUCUUUACAUUGAUGAACAGUUUGCGGUGUUCCGUAUUCAGUACAAUACAUCCAUGCGCAAUUUUCUCAUUUAAGUACUUUCAUCCUAUUCUAUGCGAGACAGUCGUCAAUUUGCCGCCAAUAAGAAUAGAUAACAGCCACUGUCACUCACAAUGACAAUCUACGUUCUUUUUAUUUUGUUUGGCUAUGCACUUUUCAAUUCGGCGGUGUGUUUAAAUUCAAAUGCAAAAAACGAAGUGGUAAAUAAUGAAGUGGCGAAUAAUGAAGUUGUGAAACAUGAAGUUGUUCAGCUUAACGCUAAUAAUAUUGAUGGCAUUUUGGCCGAACAUGAGUUAGUUUUUAUCAAUUUCUAUGUCGAUUGGUGUCGAUUUAGUAAUUUAAUGCAGCCGGUUUUCGAUGAUGCUGCCAAAUUGGUGUACCAAGAGCAUGGUAAGAGUAAAAGAGCUGUGAUGGCCCGUGUGGAUUGCGAUCACGAAGUGGUUAUUGGAAAACGUUUUCAAAUAAGCAAGUAUCCCACGUUGAAAAUCAGUUUGAACGGUGAUAUCAUGAAAACGGAAUACCGUGGACAACGAUCACCUGAAGCGCUCGCCGAUUUUGUACGACAACAAUUAAAGGAUCCGAUCAAAGAAGUCAUCAAUUUGAAUCAAUUAAAAGACGUGAGUCCAAAGAAACGUUUCGUUGUCGCAUAUUUUGAUCGACGUGACACUGGUGACUAUCACAUUUAUCGCAGAGUGGCCGCCAAUCUAAAAGAUUUUUGUGAUUUUUAUGCGGGUUUUGGUGAAACGGUAUCUGACGUUCAAACCGGUGAUCGUCCAACAAUCGUUUUCCGACCGGAUACUGAAAUGUCAAAUCAACACGAAGAAGUUUAUAGUGGAAAUAUUCAUGCAGACGAGCUCAAAAUUUGGGCGCAAGAAAGAUGUAUACCGCUAGUUAGAGAAAUUACAUUUGAAAAUGCCGAAGAGUUGACCGAAGAAGGAAUGCCGUUCAUGAUACUUUUUUAUCAUCCGAAUAAUACGACUCCCAUCAAAGACUACAAAGCAAGAGUCGAGGCUGAACUCAUCCAUGAAAAACAGAAUGUUAAUUUCCUUGUUGCCGAUGGCAAAAAAUUCGCCCACCCACUUCAACACUUGGAGCGAACAUUGGAUGACUUGCCACUCAUUGCAAUCGAUUCAUUCCGUCAUAUGUAUAUAUUUCCCGAUUAUAAUGAUAUAUUUAAGCCGGGCAAAUUAAAAAAGUUUGUAGAUGAUUUGCAUAGUGGUAAAUUACAUCGUGAAUUCCAUUAUGGUCCUGAUGCAUCGUCCGAAGAACACAAUACCAUAACAACAACAGAAAAACCGGGCGCACAUCCAACUGAAAAACCAUUGUCGGACAAUGAAAUCCACGAUGGAGAUGAAUUACCGCCCGACUCCACUUUUAUUAAGCUAGCCCCAUCCGAAAAUCGCUACACCAUCCUUCGAAACGAACUAUGAUUCGUUACGAUCCAAUUUAUUUUUACUACAUACUUUCGGAUCCAAAUGGGUUCGGAUUCCAAAAUGUGCUGAACAUAUAUAGUGUGUAAAUACAUAGUCGUCGAAUUUAUGCUGAUAAUUUGUGAAAUAGUGUACAUGCACCGCUGCUCAUUUCGAAUAAAUUUUCUAUUUAUAUUAAA